AAGUAAAUGCUAUAUCAAAAAUAAUUUACAUUUAAAUCUCCUAUAUAAUCCAAUUUUUUGUUAAUAUGAGUAAAUUCAGUGAAUUUCGAUUGACGCGGGAAUUUAUCUGUUAGAUGGAAACAAAAUUCACAAAUACUAAAUAUAAUUUUUUAAACCACAGAGAAUGCUCGUGUAACCCCAAAUUUUUUAAGAAAGGGAUGUAAUUAUCCCAAUUUUACCAGAGGUCUAUUACCUUUAAUCCUAUAUAUAGAGAGAGGGGGGGAGGGCAGAUUGGAGGGAUAUGGAUUCGGGAAUUGAAUGGGGCAGUAGUAUGGCAGCAGCAUGGGGAAUAAGCAGAAAGGGAGUGAUAGAAGGAGCAAAGGAAGACCUGGAAAUCCUGGAAAUGCAGCACCACAACAACUUCCACACUCUAAAGCUUGAGCUCAGAGCGUUCAUCUGUGACCUUCAUCAUCACUCCCACAACAACGCUGCCAUCUCCACCGCCACUCAAGGUCACCACCACCACCCUCCUAAUUUCUCCGUCUCUUCUCCCCAUACUCUCCUUUCUUUUGCAGAUUUUCCCUUCACGUCUUUAUUACUGGAGAGGGCGCAGCAAUGUCUUCAUAAAAUUCAACACCUGAAAACCAGCUUAUGUUAGUAGUUGUAAUAUGGC